CCUUCGCUUAUCACGACAGCGAAGAAACAGAGCCCCUGUUCUUCCCUGUUCGAUCAAUCCACUGCCUCGACGUGAUCGAUCGAUCCAGCGAUCGACGCUUUGUGGGUUCGUUCGAUCCAUUCCACGCUCUAGGAUGAAGAUCUCCUCGUCGUUGCUCUGUUUGCUCUCGAUCCUCGCAUCGCUGCUACUCAGCGAUGCGCGCCUGGUGGGCUUCCACGAUCUGAAGCGCGCGCUCGUCCCCGAGACGCCGCUCGUCCUGGAUUACCACGGCGGGCCGCUGCUAGCAGGGAAAGGAUCGCUCGACAUCUAUCUCGUGUGGUAUGGCAGCUUCACGCCCGCCCAGAAAUCCAUCGUCCGGGACUUCUUCGCGUCCUUCGAUGCCAAGGCGGCCAAGGUAGCUCCAACGCUGCCCUCGGUGUCCAAAUGGUGGGAGGUUACCGCGCGGUACAAGGAUGGCAAUGGCACCCACGUCUUCGAGGCCAUCAAGGUCGUCAAGGAGAUCCAGGACGACUACUCCAUGGGCAAGAAGCUGGAUCGCAAUGGCACCCAGGAGCUCAUCCUGCGCAACGUCUUCUCGGGCAGAUUCCCAAUGGACACCGAUUCCUUCUACCUCGUCCUCACUGCCAAGGACGUCGCGGAGCACGGAUUCUGCCAGCAGAGCUGCGGCUACCACCGCCACACCAACGAAACCCUAGAGCCGGCCAAGGACCCGACCAUGCCGUACGGCUGGGUGGGCGACUCGACCGUACAGUGCAGCGGGCGGUGCGCGUGGCCGUUUGCCCAUCCGCGCGACUUCUUCGGGCCGGACAAGGAGCCGUUGCUACCGCCCAACGGUGACGUGGGCAUGGACGGCCUCCUCAUCAACGUCGCCACGGUACUCAUCGGUGCCGCCACCAAUCCGUACGGCACGGGCUACUACCAGGGCCACCACCACGCCCACCUGGGCGCCGCCACCGCCUGCGCCGGGAUCUACGGCAAGGGCGCCUUCCCCGGGCACCCCGGCGAGCUCCUCGUGGACUCCAAGUCGGGCGCCAGUUACAACGCCUAUGGCAUCAAUGGCCGCAAGUUUUUGCUCCCCGCGGUCUGGGACCCCGACACCAAGAAGUGCGCAUAUCCCGCGCCCACUCCCAUUUGAUUCCCCUUUGAUUCCACCCAUCCAUCGCUACUACAAAUCCUCUCCUUUGUUUGUAUACAGCUGCCAGAAGUGAGAUACACUCGGCAAGCGCUAGCAUUUCUAUGAUUAUUCGGAAAAGAUUCUCCUUCUAAGGAAUA